UAAGCAGGCGGACGAUGUAGAAAUGUAAAAGAAUUGAGCAGGAACCAGACGGGAGUUUCCACGGUGUCCGAGUGCGAGCAGGAAGUGGACAGCAGCAGGACAAUGGGACUGAAACCUGUGUGAAACCUCCUCGGACGACCUCUCCAGGCCCCACGGCCCAUGAGGUGUGUCAUCAACGAGAGCAGUCAAGAUGUUCCUGUGCUGCUGGCUGGCUCUGGGGGCUUUGAUCCCUCUGACCCUGGCCACUGAUCCUGGAGUGAAGGUCAAGCUAACUGCAAAAGGCCUUGAAUACGGCAGGCAACUGGGGAUGGCCGCCAUCCAGAAGAAACUGAAAACCAUCAGAGUGCCAGAUAUUUCGGGGAAAGCGAGCGUGUCUCCCAUUGGCACGGUCCAGUACAGCCUGACGAAUUUGCAAAUAGUGGAUGUGGGAUUGCCAACUUCCACUGUAGCUCUGGUUCCAGGGACGGGUGUCAGACUGUCCAUCAGCAAAGCCUUCAUCCGCCUCGACGGAAACUGGAGGGUGAAGUACCUCCGAAUAAUAAAGGACAGCGGCUCUUUUGACUUGAACGUCAGCGAUCUGACCGUCGGUGCGAGCAUCGCCAUCAAAAGCGACGAGACCGGCCGCCCUACGGUCAACAGCGUGGGAUGCGAGGCCACUGUCGGCAGCGCAAGCAUCCACUUCCACGGCGGAGCCAGCUGGCUGUACAAUCUCUUCAAAGACUUCAUCGACAAGGCGAUACGAGACGCACUGCAGAAUCAGAUCUGCCCCCUUGUGACCGAUGCAGUUUCUGAUUUGAACCCUCAGUUGAAAACUCUCAAUGUUCUAGCCAAAGUAGACCAGUACGCGGAGAUUGAAUACUCCAUGGUGUCCUCGCCCGCUGUGACAACCUCUUCUAUCGAACUGGGCUUGAAGGGUGAAUUUUACAACAUCGGAAAGCGGCAGGAGCCUCCGUUCUCCGCCGCGGCCUUUGACCUGCCGCCGCAGACGGACAACAUGCUGUACGUCGGCUUGUCCGCCUUCACCGCCAACUCCGCGGCCUUCGUCUACAGCACUGCAGGAGCCCUCAGCUUGUACGUCACCGAUGACAUGGUGCCGCGGGCCUCGCCCAUCCGACUCAACACCAGAACGUUCGGCGCCUUCAUCCCGCAGAUCGCUGAGCGCUUCCCGGGUCUGAUGGUGAAACUGCUGGUGAAGACGAGCGAAACCCCCGUUGUCACGUUUGAACCCAACAACACCACGGUGCAGGCUACCGGGACGGUUACGGCCUACGCCAUCCAACCCAACGCCACGCUCUCCCCGCUCUUUGUCCUGAACUUGGAGAGCAGCGCCAGCGCGCGACUGUUUGUCAAUGUAAUGAGGGUGGCCGGAAACGUCACCCUGAACAAAAUGGAUCUGACCCUUGGGACCAGCUACGUGGGCGAGUUUAAGGUUACGGCCCUCAACAGCGUCUUCCAAAUGGUCCUCAAGUCUGUCGUGGUACCUCAACUCAACGUUCAACUUGCAAAGGGGUACCCACUUCCCACGAUCGGGAAGAUGACACUUGUAAACACUAAGCUUCAGGUCCUGAAGGGCUAUAUGCUGAUUGGGACAGAUGUUCAGUUCAAUAGCACUCAUGGAGCCUCCCAGGAUUCAUUUCUGCCCUGGGGCACGACACUUUGAAGCCACCGACAGAAACUGAAUAAUGCACAUAUGUCUUACCAGCCUCAGAAAUCAAGAUCUUGUGUUUGCAAUCAUAUUUGCCUUAAUUUUCGUUUUAAAUUGUUACGCCAAAGCAGGUUUUCCAGAUGUAACACGUGGAUCAAUGACCUUCUCCCACCGGGUUACUGCAGUCGUGUCCCUACAGGUCGCUCUUGUCAUGACAAUCAUCUUGUUUCUUAAUAGAAUGCUCCUUCCAGAGCAGAUCGCAGCGCUUUCUGCUGCUGACUUUAGAAAAAAAAUGAUUUCUCAAAGUGUCUGACUCGUGAUUCCACAAAUGUGCUGAUCUGUGAUAUUUUUACUGUAGUUACAACAAAAUAAAUAAAUGCUUUCACAUCAA